AUGUUGACGGGUAUUAUUAGAAAGGGUAACCCCUUACGUUCUUUUUCAACCAGCUCAUUCCUUCAAGCAGGACACUCUAAAUGGGCCAAUAUAAGACACGAUAAAGCCAAAAAUGAUAAGCUUAGAGCCAAACAAGCAUCGAUGAUUGCUACCAGAAUCCAAUCAAGUGUCAGACAAUACGGAGUUGAGGGCAAUGCUCAAUUACAAACGUUGGUUGAUAAGGCCAAGAAGAUGAGCAUCACCAAAAAAGUUAUUGAUAAUGCCAUCAAGAGAGGCAGCGGUGAGUCCUCAGGAGACGGCUCUGUUUUAUCUCAAGUGACAUACGAAUUCAUUGGACCAGGGGGAGUUGCAUUUAUAAUUGAAGCUGAGACCGAUAAUAAGUCUAGAACCAUUGGAUUGGUCAAACAUGCGAUGACCAAAUUCAAUUCCGGUUUGAGUCCCUGCUUAUAUUUAUUUAGUCGAAAGGGUGAAGUGCUUUUUGCUCCCAAGUCGUCAACGGAAGGAGUGGACGAGCUUCUAGAUGUAGCCAUUGAAGUUGGAGCUGAAGAUGUUGAUAGAUAUAAUGAUGUUGACGAAGAGUAUCGUGGAGAAACCAUCUAUAGAAUGAUCACUGAUCCUCAAGAUUUGUUUAAAGUCUCACAAGAAUUGUCUAAGAUGGGUUACCAAUUGAAGGACUCCAAAACCUCGUUUCUAGCUGAACUGGAGAAUGAAGUUGAGUUCCCUGAAGAUCAUGAGAAGGGGUUAUCCAAAGCCAUUGCCAUGUUAGAUGAGAUACCUGAAGUAACAAACUAUUACACCAACAUAAAAGACAACGAGGAAUAA